AUUAUCACUCCGCUCACUCGCAGUCGCUGCCACAGUCGCUGCCUAUUUUGGUGUCUGCGUUGCGGCUUGAGCAAUCAACAUCAAACUGAAUGUCUAAGGCGCAAAUAUUUAAUUUGAGCCAAACUGUUUUGCUAGCUGCGGCUGCAGAGUUUUCUUUUUAUAUGCUUAAUGUUUUUUUUUUUCUGCUGGUGGCAACAGGUAAUGGCCAAAAGCAAACUCAUUUACACUUGAAACCUCAGCAACAAGUCGAACUCAGCCCGAAGGGUGAGUCCAAAUGUUUAUACAAGCCUCCAAAGCUAGACAGCAACUCGACUCGACUCGCUCAACAGUUGGCUUUGCCAAAGGUCAACUUCAAAACGACAGCUGCCAACGACUUUAAUGUAAAUAAACAUUGCCUGAGCAAAUAGAGAGGCAGUGAAGCAGCAGCCAUGGUGCGACUGCUUAGCUGGUGCCUCAUAUCCAGCAUGCUGGUCAUUGAGUACAACGUUAUAUUGCUGGCGGUUAAUUUUGUGCUGAUGCUGGUGCUGAUUGGGCAUGUGGAUGUGAAGCAGCACACGAUGGACAAUUCCAAGAUGUACCUCAGCUCGUUGGGCAUCAACGAUUUGACGUGCGUGCUGCGCGGCUUUUGCUUGUGCUGCUGCAUGCUGAACGCUGUGCUGGGCAUAUUCGCGGCCAAGUAUCCGUCGAUACUCAAGUGCGCCAGCUAUGUGCUCUGUUGUCUUAUAUUGCUCUUCUACGCCGCCUGCAUAGCCGGUUCGCGCUUUCACGACGAGGCCAACUACAGAUACCAGACGGCCAUGCUGCUGCAGAAUCUGUGGUCGCUGUCGCGCACCGACGACAUCGAGGAGCUGCUGGACUGCUGUGGCAAGAACGGCGUGAUCGAUUAUCGUCUGACCAAUCGCACCUGGUCGAAGACCGCGUGUUGUGAGCUGCCCGAUUGCACGGGCUGUGAGGAGAAGUUCUACAAGUAUUUGUAUAAAUUCGAGCAGGAAAUCGCGCGUGAUAAUAUCAUUUUGUUUGUGCUGCUGCUCGUUGGCAUGUUGAUAAUGAUUUUCUACUAUAAGGAUGUGAAGGUAAUGGGUGAUCCGUAUGAGUCCGAGUCCUCCUCGUCCGAUGCCGACGAACCAACCGGAUAACAUUAAAUCGUAGCGUUGCUCUAAAUAAAAUUUAGCUGCAAGCUGCGACUUGCUCAAUUGAACUUUCGA